AUGCUAUCUCACCUGCGCAAAGCCCUCCCACCCCUCCUCCUCCUCCUCUUCCACCCAAGCACCCAACAGCAACCCCCAAUCCCCCAACCCACUUACCACCCUUGCCAAUCCAAUACCUCACACCUCCCCCCUCAAACCUGGGACUCCCACAUGCACAUCCUUGACCCAAUCCGCUUUCCCUACGACGCCUCUGCCCCCUACAACACAAGCGUGCACUCCCUCUGGUCCGCCCUAACCUUCUCAUCCCACCUCGGAAUCUCCAACAUCGUCAUCGUUCAGCCCUCUCUCUACGCAAACAACAACACCUUCCUGCUCACCCAGCUACGGGCUAUCGGCCCGGAAAACGCGCGGGGCGUGGUGCAAUUUGCACCGGAUAUAGCGAGGGGGGUACUGGAGGAGUGGCAUGGGCUGGGUGUAAGGGGUGUGCGGUUGAAUUUGCUGGAUAGGGCGAAGGGGAUGAAUGAUAGCGUGCUUGCGGGGUUAGUGCAGCAGUAUGCGGAUGUGGUGAGGCCGUUGGGGUGGGUGUUGCAGAUUUACAUUUCUAUGGAUAGGAUUGCGGAUGUCGAGGAGACGUUGAGGGGGUUGAAUGUUACGUUGUGUUUUGAUCAUUUUGGGCAUCCUGAGUUGCCGUCGUUGGAGGAGGGGGAGGAGAAGGGGUUUGAUGUUUAUUCGGUGAAGGGGUUUGCGGCGCUGAUAAAGUUGAUUGGGGAGGGGAGGACGUGGGUUAAGUUUUCGGGGGCAUAUCGGGUUGAUGGGAGGAUGGUGGCGUUGAAUAGUGUGGCGAAGGAGAUACUCAAGGUUAGGACGGAUAGGAUGGUGUUUGGGACGGAUUGGCCGCAUACGAGAUUUGAAGACUAUGAUAUUCGGCCGUUUGUGGACAGGUGUCUGGAAUGGGCGCGGGAAUUCAACUGUGUGGAGCAGAUGUUUAGUUGGAAUGCGAAGACGCUGUGGGGUGUCAAGGGUUGA